CUUGGGAAAAAGCUUUUGCCAUCCCUGGCUGAUGGAUGUGGCGCUAUGCCUUCGCUGCGCCUUGGGGACCCAGGUUUCCGCUUGCCAUCGCAGCCUACACCGACUGUCUGGGCACUGAGCUGGUGUCCGGGGACGUGUGGACGGUGGCUCGCGAAGUGGACAAGGCGCUGCAGCUUACCCAUGUGCCGCCCCAGUAUGGUUUGGAGCUGUCGAAUGCCUUCUUCGGCUUGGAACGAUCGGGGGCAAUUCCAGGAGCCAUUGAGGAUUGCGCCUUGGGCAUGGCGGUGCUGGUGUUGAAUGCCCUGCCCCAAGCAGAACUUCGCUUUGGCACCAGGAGGGCCAAGGAGUAUUAUAUCCUUUAUGAAGAACUUCUCAGAAGCUACGGGCAUUUGUGGAAUGCCUCGGGCUUCAAAUGGAGCCUCAAGACCCACCAGUCCGCUGGCUAUCCUUUGAUUCUGGGUCUUCGCCCACAAAGCUGCUUCGGAUUGGAUUUGAAGAUUUUCGUCUAUGAGACGGACUUCGCCAGCAAGCCAGUGAUUUGUAGCCAAGGGAUGUUUGCCAGCGAGGUCUUCGUUCAUCAAUUUCUGCUGCACAGCUCAUGCCACACUGAAGACCCCAACGAAGCUGAUUUCUUCUUUGUGCCGGUCUACGCGGCCUGCGUGAUGACCAAGGAGAAGAAGUUGGCAGAUGAGAUGGAUUUCUUCUACAAGGAGCUGGUGACGGAGAAGCUUCGGUAUUUUCAGGACCAAGGAGGUCAAGAUCAUAUCUUCCUUUGGUCUUCCGAGACCUACGAUUUCCCAUCAUGGGUGGAUUACAUCGCUGAUUCGUUGUUUCUUUCAGUUGAAGCUGUGCCAAUCGAGUGUACAGACUUCGACUUUUUCUCUGAAGAGACGGCAGACAACUUUGGAGCUCAUUGUCAGCAUUGCCACUGGUGCUUCACCCGUUGGAAGGACUAUGUGAUCCCUGGCUUUGUUGAGAAGUGGAGCAUCGAAAAGAUGAGGGAUCUGGAAAAAUCACAUGAAGAAAGGACCUUCACAGCCUGUUAUCAUGGAGCAGACUCAGAUGCCCUGGCCAUCUACAAGUACGCCAAUACCACGGUGCGAAAUGACCUGCAGACACUGAAUGGACGCGCCAACUUUAGCAUCGGCUACCGCUUCACCAGAAUCACGGAGUACUUCGAGCGCAUCGGGGAGUGCCACUUUUGCUUUGCGCCCAAGGGUUUGGGUUACUGGAGCAAUCGGCUUUACGAGGUGUUGUUCGCUGGAUGCAUCCCAGUGAUCCUCUCGGAUCACAUCGGACUUCCCUUCGACGACUUCUUGGAUUGGAGCACCUUCUCUUUGAAGUGGCCUAUGUCAGAGGUGGGCCCUGUCCUGGCAGAACACUUGGAACUGCUACUGCAGAACCAGUCGCUGAACCCGCACGGUGAUGGUCGGGUCAUUCCGGUUACCGAGAGUGGCCUUUCUUGGUAGAAACUGCAUCAAACCGGUGUAUUUAUGUGCAGUGCAGUUAAAUUCAGGAGGUCUGGUAAAAGUCUCGAUAGACAUGAACUGAGAUUGACACCGGGAGUGGAGGGAUGUGGAGGGUACGGGUGUCCAUUGUUUGCUCACUUAACUGAAAAC